GGCGGUGCCGCAGUGAGGGCGGGGGCCACCAUGAGCCUGGUGCUGGAGGCGCUGCUGGCCCCUCCGGGGGGGCUCCGCAAGGAGCCCGCCCGCUCCGCGCCGCGCUCCGCCGCCGCCUCCUUCUCCUCCAGCGGCUUCCACUCGUGGUCGGUACCGGGGCGCGGGGCGGGGGCGGCGCGGGGCGGCGGGGGCAGCGCCGCCGCCUCCUCGUCCGCCACCACCGAGAGCCUGGAGUCGCUGGAGGGGGAGCCGCGGGCUCGCAGCGAGAAGGAGCUGCUGCAGGCGCUCAACGAGCGCUUCGCCGGCUACAUCGAGCGGGUGCGGGCGCUGGAGCAGCGCAACCGGGCGCUGGCGGCCGAGGCGGCGGCGCUGCGGCAGCAGCAGGCGGGGCGCUCGGCCAUGGGCGAGCUGUACGCCCGGGAGCUGCGCGACAUGCGGGGCGCCCUGGUGCGCCUGGGCGCCGAGAAGGGGCAGCUGCGGCUCGAGCGGUGCCGCCUGGCCGAGGACGUGGCCGCGCUGCGGGGCAGGCUGGAGGAGGAGGCCCGGCACCGCGCCGGGCUGGAGGCGGCGGCCCGCGGGCUGGAGCAGCGCUCGGCGCGGGAGGAGCGCGCCCGGGGGCCGCUGGAGGAGCGCGCCCGGGCGCUGCGGGAGGAGGCCGAGCUGCUGCGGAGGCAGCACCGGGACGAGGUGGGCGCCCUGCUGCGGGAGGCCCCCGCCGAGCCCCCCCCCGCCGCGCUGCGCCCCGGCGUCACGGCGGCGCUCCGCGACCUGCGCGCCCAGCUGGAGGGCACGGCGGCGCGCAGCACCCUGCAGGCCGAGGAGUGGUUCCGCGUGAGGCUGGACAAGCUCUCGGAGGUGGCCAAGGUGAACACGGACGCCAUCCGCCUGGCCCAGGAGGAGAUCUCCGAGUACCGCCGCCAGCUCCAGUCCAAGACCACCGAGCUCGAGGCCCUCAAAGGGACGCAGGAGUCGCUGGAGAGGCAGAGGCAGGACUCGGAGGAGCGCCACCAUGCCGAUGUCCUGUCCUACCAGGAAACCAUCCAGCAGCUUGACAGCGAGCUGAGGAACACCAAGUGGGAGAUGGCAGCCCAGCUCCGCGAGUACCAGGAUCUGCUCAACGUCAAGAUGGCGCUGGACAUCGAAAUUGCCGCCUACAGAAAGCUCCUGGAAGGGGAGGAAUAUCGGAUCGAGUCCGGCUUUGGGAUGAUCUCCUUCCCCGAGGUGGUCCCCAAGGCUCCCGGCAUCGCCGCCAACAUCAAGGUGAAGAGUGAGGAGAAAAUCAAGGUGGUGGAGAAAUCCGAGAAGGAGACAGUGAUUGUGGAAGAGCAGACGGAGGAAAUCCAAGUGACCGAGGAGGUGACAGAGGAGGAGGAGGCUGAGAAAGAGGCUGAAGAGGAGAAAGCUGAAGAAGAAAAGGAAGAAGGGGAGAAAGCUGAAGCAGAGGGUGGAGAAGAAGCCAAGUCUCCUGCAAAGGAGGAGGCCAAAUCCCCAUCUGCAAAGUCCCCAGAGAAACUUGAGUCCCCUACAAAGGAGGAGGCCAAGUCCCCAGCAGUCAAGUCCCCAGAAAAAGUCCCAACCCCCUCAAAGGAGGAGGCCAAGUCCCCAGCAGUCAAGUCCCCAGAAAAGCCACCAACCCCCUCAAAGGAGGAGGCCAAGAGUCCAGCUGUGAAGUCCCCGGAGAAACCCACGCCCCCCAAAAAAGAGGAGGCCAAGUCCCCAACUGUCAAAUCCCCAGAAAAACCCACACCCCCCUCCAAAGAGGAGGCCAAGACCCCAACUGUGAAGUCCCCAGAGAAACCCCCAACACCCUCAAAAGCAGAAGCCAAGUCCCCGGCAGUCAAGUCCCCAGAGAAGCCACCAACGCCCUCGAAGGAGGCGGCCAAGUCCCCAGCAGUCAAGUCUCCAGAAAAACCACCAACCCCCUUAAAGGAAGAGGCCAAGAGCCCAGCUGUGAAGUCCCCCGAGAAACCUGCUACCCCCUCCAAAGAGGAGGCCAAGUCCCCAGCUGUGAAAUCCCCAGAGAAACCCACAACACCCUCCAAAGAGGAGGCCAAGACCCCAGCCGUGAAGUCCCCGGAGAAACCCCCAACGCCCUCAAAAGAAGAGGCCAAGUCCCCAGCAGUCAAGUCUCCAGAAAAACCCGCAACCCCCUCAAAGGAGGAGGCCAAGGCCCCAGCAGUCAAGUCUCCAGAGAAACCUGCAACCCCCUCCAAAGAGGAGGCCAAAAGCCCAGCUGUCAAAUCCCCAGAGAAACCUGCGACGCCCUCCAAAGAGGAGGCCAAGACCCCAGCUGUGAAGUCCCCGGAGAAACCCCCAACGCCCUCAAAAGAAGAGGCCAAGUCCCCAGCAGUCAAGUCUCCAGAAAAACCCGCAACCCCCUCAAAGGAGGAGGCCAAGGCCCCAGCGGUGAAGUCCCCAGAGAAACCCCCAACCCCCUCAAAGGAGGAGGCCAAGUCCCCAGCAGUCAAGUCUCCAGAAAAACCCGCAACCCCCUCAAAGGAGGAGGCCAAGGCCCCAGCGGUCAAGUCCCCAGAGAAAGCCAAGCCUCCCAUGAAGGAGGAGGCCAAGCCUCCGCAGAAGGAGGCAGCGCCAGCCAAGGAGCCCGUCCCCUCCCCUCCCAAGGAGCCGAAAGCCCCCGCGAAGGAGGAGAAGGCUGCCUCCAAGCCCGGAGCUGAGGAGGGCAGGAAGGAGGAGGCUCCCAAGAAGGACGCCCCAGCCAAGGUGGAGGAGAAGCCCAAAGAGAAGGCGGCUGCUGGGCCAGAGCCUCCGGCCCCGCAGGUGAAGGAGACCACCAAGGCCGGCCCCAAACCCACAGAGGAAGGGAAAGCUGAGGGAAAACCUCCGCAGGAGGCCGGCAAAGCAGCCGUGAAGGAGACAGAGAAGCCGAAGGCCAAGGAGAAGGCGGAGGAACCAAAGAAAGCGGUGGAGGAACCCAAGAAGGAGAAAGUGGAGGAACCCAAAGCCAAACCCAAAGAUGAGCCCAAAGCCAGUAAGGAGCCCCCCAAGGCCGAGAAGCCCUCCAGCACAGACACCAAAGCUCCGGAGCCGGCGCCCGCUGCGGGGAAGAAGUGAGGGGAGCCCCGGCCCCGAGGCAGCACCCCUGGGUGCAGGAGCUGCUCCGCUCCCCUCCGAAGGGCGAGAUGGGGAGGGACCCUCGGAGGGCCUCCCCCCGGCCAGGCCUUACCUUAGCAAUAUGUUCGUGAGAGACACAGCCCCUCGCCGCCCCACUCCCCUGGUAUGUUAUGAUAGCUUCCGUAGCAGAAUGUGAUGUACGCAGAGCGCCACAUUUAACACUUGAAUUACAAGGAGGAGAACAGCCCCCAGGGGACCCGACUGCCCUUCUCCGAUAAGUGCAUUUAUUUAACACGGCCGUGCCAUCGAGGGACAAGUGCACCGCAGAGCUCCAGCUGCAGGGGACGCGUGCCGCGGGCUGGCUGGCAGCGUCCUCCCCCCCUGCCCUGGGGGCACCGACUGUCCCUGCAGCGGGCCCCAGGCUGCAGCGGCCUUCGGUGGGGGAGCACCGUGCAGGAACGAACACCCCCACCCCGGGACUACACCGUGCACUAGGAACCUCGAGCCCACUGUCAGUUGCUUAUGUGCAAUAACCAAAUAAAGUGCUUACAGAGACACCCCGGCUCUUGCUGGCGUUGCUUGGUGGAGGGGA